UCGAAAGCAAAACCGACCAGCUGGAUUUGUUAUUUUUUCACACAAGCCUUGGUUAUUUGGGGCUCGAAAUAACUCAUGAAGUUCCUUUUUCAUUCUUGAUUCGGACGCGUUACAAAUAUAUAUUUGUUUGUAUAUAUAAAAAAAUUUCAGUGGAAAAAGUGUUGAAAAUGAAGAUCUUCGUUUUGUUCAUUCUGUGUCUACUUUUCAUCCCCGGUGAUGAUGAUGAUGAUGAUAAAAAUGAAGUGUUUGUGACGGAGGGAGAUUCUGUCACUCUUCACACUGGUGUUGAAGCAAACCAACAAGACAGAAUUGCGUGGUAUUUUUUUGACACUCGCAUCGCUCAGAUCACUGGAGAUCUCAGGAAGAUCUGUACAGAUGUUCAGUGUAAUAAAGGUACUGAGAGAUUCAGAGACAGACUGAAGCUGGACAGUCAGACGGGUGAUCUCACCAUCACAGACAUCAGAACUACAGACGCUGGAGUUUAUCAACUUCAAACUAUCAGCAGAAGAAUGAAUCAAAAGAUUUUUAUUGUUGCUGUUCAUGAUGUUUCUGGUGCAAAGACUUAUACAAUGAAGACAAAAACAGUGAAGGAGGGAAACUCUGUCACUUUAGACACUCGCGUAAUAAAAAACCCAAAUGAUGUAAUGAAGUGGCAUUUUAAUGACGAUCUCAUCGCUGAAAUCACUGGAGAUUGGAGUAAGAUCUGUACAGAUGAUCAGUGUAAAGAGAGAUUCAGAGACAGACUGAAGCUGGAUCAUCAGACUGGAUCUCUGACCAUCAUGAACAUCACAACCACAGAUGCUGGAGUUUACGAACUACAGAAAAACCACCGCAUCCACCCUCACCACAGCAUCAUCAGUAUCAGACGAUUCAGCAUUACUGUCACUGGUGCAUCUGGUGUUGAGACAGAUGGAGUGUCAGUGUCACUGAUGGAGGGAGAUUCAGUCACUCUACACACUGAUAUUGAAAUGAACCAACAAGACCCAAUGAAAUGGUAUUUUAAUGAUAUUCGUAUAGCUCAAAUAAUUGCAAAUCUGAAUAGGACCUGUACAGAUGUUCAGUGUAAUGAAGGCACUGAGAGAUUCAGAGACAGACUGAAGCUGGAUCAUCAUACGGGUGAUCUCACCAUCACAAACAUCACAACCACAGACUCCGGAGAUUAUAAACUACAGACCAUCAGGAGAAAAGUCAUUCAAAAGAUCUUCCAUGUUGUUGUUCAUGAUGUUCCUGCUGCUGAUCAAGAUGAUAUUAAGAGAAGUUCAGUGAAAGAGGGAGAAGCUGUUACUUUAGACUCUCGUGUAAUUAAAAAACAGAAUGAUGUGAUGAGAUGGUAUUUUAAUGAGAUUCUCAUCGCUGAAAUCACUGGAGAUCAGAGUAAGAUCAGUACAGAUGAGCAUUGUGAUGGGAGAUUCAGAGACAGACUGAAGCUGGAUCAUCAGACUGGAUCUCUGACCAUCAUGAACAUCAGAAACACAGACUCUGGAUUCUAUCAGUUAAAGAUCAUCUACAUCAUCCGCCUUCGACACAGCAUCAGCAUCUUCAGAAUAAAGAGAUUCAGCAUUACUGUCACUAAUUCAAGUCUACCUUCAGGAGUUAUAGCAGGAAUAUGUGCUGCUGUUGUUUUUGGUGUUGGUGUGCUGGCCACUGUGGUGGUUUGUGUAAAGUCCUGUUGCUGCAGAAGGGACCAUGAGAAGAAAACUGAUGUAUUGUGAAAUAUACGAUGUAAAAUUAAUUUGGAAAGUAACAGUGGUAUUAAAACAUUUUUAUAUCAGCAGAAUAAUAUGACCAUAAUUUAGGGUAAUAAUGUAACGUGUACCCUUAAAAAUAGUUAUCAACACUGUGAGAUGGAGAUGGAACUGAUGCCUUUUGAAAACUAUUGAUAGCAUUACCAUCUUUCCUCCAUAUAAUGGCUGAUAAAGUAGUGUUUAUAGCGGUACAUUGUGUACAGCCUGGGAAACUGCUAUAUGUCUGACACUUUCUGGUGUCUGUACAUACAGCUGUAAAACCAAUGGAUCAACAUGAAACUAAUGCUAAAUUAUAACAAUCUAUAACUGAUACUUUUGACUCAACCUCAAACAACUAAAAAAAAAAAAGUUUUAUAUUAUGAAAUGUUAAAUGUGUCUAAAUAUAUACAUGUAUUUAUUUUUUUUAAUUUUUAUUUUUAUUUUUUUUGUGAAAACCUGAACUGUAAGUCUUGUUAUUUAUUGUAUUUUUGUGUUUGAAUAUGUUUACAUAGUCAUUGCUUUGAUAUAUAUAUAUAUAU